UUAUAGUUGGCGCCGGUCGGACGUGAAAGACGGUUGAGCGUAAAAAAAUCCUUUUUCUGAUAUAGAAUUUAAUUCAGGUUCCAAUUUCCCAUUGUUGUUAGUUCGUACUUGUUUUUGGAUCUUCCUUUGCCAACAUUUUCUUCAACUCAACAGUCGGGGUAUGGGAUUUCCCAGGCUCGCUUUAUAGCGAUCCUCGUCUGUGUGUCAUCAUCUAUAUAAACGCUCAACCGUAGGUAGUUAAUUCUACCAUCCGGCCGGAUAGCCCUGGCAGCUGUGGCCAUUAAACUAAUAUACUACUACUAUAACCCAACUUUUGUUUUGUAACUUUAGAGCAUUUAGAGGUUAUGAAAUGUCACCGAAGUCCUUAAAAGAUACUUUUAUAUUCUUUAAACACAUAAUUUAACGUAAUACUUUGAAGAUAUUCGUAAUUCAACAUAUUCAGACAAAAUGAGAGUAACUACAGCGGUCAAACAAUUCGUAAAUAGUCAAACAUUAGAAGCCCUUAAAAGGUCGAUAAGUAAAACGAUUGCGGAAGCUUCCCCGCAUAUACAGGCAGUGAAAGAAAACCAAGUAAAGAUUCUAAGUCAAAAAUUUACAAAUCUUAACGACUGGUACAUGAAAAUAACAGGAUUAGAUAAGGUAAACUUAUCUCAAGAAAAGGUCACGGCACUACAGGAUCAACUAUUACAAAUCCAAGAAAAAAGAAGAGAAGUUGGCAGGCAAUUAAAUGAUAUCCGUAUAAAAUCAAUUGAGCUUCAAGAUGAAAUUCAUAAAGUUAAAAGGCAAGAUGAUUUGGAAAAAUUUCUAGACUUGAUGAAAAAAGAAACUGAGGUGUUGAAACUAGAAAAGUCAAUUGCAAAAACCUUCCAAGACUAUGAUCAAGCAGAACGUGAACUAUUCACUGCAUUUUCAGAUUCAAUCAGAGACUCGCACGAAAAGCAAAGAGCACAAAUGGAGUACACCAAAUAUUUCGGAAUAGUUUUAAGUAUCACAGGUUCAUUUCUAGCCUUUGUUUAUUCUACUAUAAAAAAGGAACAACUUAAAAAAAUCAUUGAUGACAGAUUAGAGACUCUAACUAUACCUGUUAAUAAUGACUCAAGCAAUGUGUUAUUAGAAAAUGUUCAAAAAAUCAAUGAAACAAUUUUAAAAAAUACCACUACACUUAAUGAUUUAAAAAAGGCUGUAAAUAGUAAUAGAGAAAAUAUAAAUAACUUUAUUAUGAAAGAUUCUGAAGAGAUAAUAACGCCUAGUGAUAUUAAUGAUGACCACAGUAAUAAAUCAAAGUAUCUCCAUGUUUUUGGUAUAGUUUUAGGGGUAUGGCUUAUAGCUAGAGCAUUUUCAACAUAGAGUUUCUUAUCCAAAGUCCGUCCAAAGAGUCAGGGAGAAUUUUGACAGAUAAAUGCCAAAAAUGACAGAAAAUUUAACUUACUUCGAAUAAAAAUGACAGAUACAACUGUCACUGUCAUGUAUCCUCCCAAUGGACAGACUAGAUAUUUUAAACUAUACAAAUUGUAUUUAUAGUUAAGGGUGGUUCUUUAUAUGUGAUAUAUUUCAGUUAUUUCCCAAACUUAAAAAGGCAUUUUAUUAGUUAUUUUGUAGUUACAUUUUAUUUAUAUGUAAAAAGUAUAGAUGUGUAAAAAUAGAAUAAGUAGAAGUUGAUUGUUGUCAUUUUUUCAUUAAAGCGUGGUCCACACGC